CUGCGGCUCAGCGAACAGUAUCUGUUUAUCCAGAUUGCGGCACAGAGAGACAAUCUAGUGGUCUGAUCCAUGUAGCUCAUUUCUCAGGGUCAGUGCAAAAUCCUUAACUGAGGCACUUGCACCUUAUGUGGCUACACGAUGCAGUCUGAGCAGAAACAAGUGGUGAUGGGGUCUCUCUAUGAGCCUCAUGAGGUCGAAUACAUCGACGACGAACAACAAUACCUGCACUCAUGGCGGCUCGCCAUCGUCAUCUCGCUACUCUUUUUUGGGCAACUGCUCAUGGCAUUGGACGUCAAUAUCAUUAAUGUCGCUAUUCCGGAAAUCUCAACACGCUUCCAGUCCCUGGAUGAUGUAGCAUGGUAUGGAUCAGCGUACUUGCUCACCAUCACGGCUUUUCAGCCUUCCUUUGGUACAAUAUAUCGGUAUUUCAACAUCGACAUAGCCUACAAGACAUGCAUAAUCAUUUUUGAAGUCGGCUCGACUAUGUGCGCUGCCGCGACCUCCUCGAAGAUGUUUAUUGUCGGUCGUGCUAUUGCGGGAUUUGGCGCAGCUGGAGUACUCCAGGGUGCCUUGGCUGUGAUUAUGCAGGUGGUAGAGCUGCAAAAACGACCUUUAUAUAUGGGUGUAGUGAUCAGUGUCUUCGCCGUCACGGUUUGUGUAGGGCCUGUCCUUGGCGGACUCUUUACUCAGAAGGCGACGUGGAGGUGGUGCUUUUGGAUAAACCUUCCUAUCGGAGGAGUUGUACUUGUACUGCUUUUCCUUUUUUUGAAAGUCCCAGGAACGCAGAACUCGAGCAGAAGCCUUCCAGUCUCGGCAAAACUUAGACGUUUCGACCCACUAGGCUGUUCGCUCUUUAUAGGGGCAGUGACGUGUGUUCUUUUGGCUCUUCAAUGGGGCGGUCAAAGUCUGCCUUGGAACUCAGCAACGGUCAUCGGACUGCUUGUCGGAUUCUGCGCCUUGAUCUGCGUUUUUGGCUACGUACAGUGGAAAGCCCAAGAUAGGGCUACAAUUCCACUACGUGUGCUCCGGCGAAGGAACAUUUGGACAUCAGCUAUUGUGCUUUUCUUAACUCAGGCUACACUGUACUUGCUUUCCUUCUACAUUCCAUUCUAUUUUCAGACGGUCCGAGGGGAGGGUCCGAUCCAAGUAGGCGUCCGUUUCAUUCCAAUGAUGUUACCAGAAAUACUGGCCUUGGUAGCGGUGGGCGCCCUCGCCACGCAUUAUGGAUACUACGUCCCAUACAUUGUGUUCGGAGAAAUUAUCUGCGUGACUGGUCUAGUACUGUUGACGCGUUUGUCUCCUACCACGCAGACCUUGUACUGGGCUGCCUCCAUGGUUGUGACGGGGAUAGGCAUGGGUAUUGCGAUGCAACUUCCGUAUACCGCUAUCCAAGUGACUUUAGAAGAAGAAGACGUGCCCAUUGGCAACGCCAUUGCUGUCUUUAGCAGUCAGCUCGGAGGCGCUAUCGCAAUCGCUAUGGGUCAGACGAUUGUCCUCAACACCCUCGUACAUGAUGUUCCCGCCGCUAUACCUUCACUUUCUGGAAGACUGGUAAUGGCCGCAGGUGCAGCUGACCUUCGCAGAAUUGCUGGUUCUGCAGGCAUUGAAGCAAUACUUCGAGCUAUCUGGAACAAGGCUAUUGUAAGGACGAUGUAUCUAGCAGUGGCACUCACUGCUUCGGCUAUUCCUUUCACCAUGGCUAUGCAAUGGCUGAAUGCGACUAAAGUGGCAAAAGAACGCAAAGCUGGGACCUGGAAUGGGGGGAAUCAAGACGAUGAGACAAACAAGGGAAAGAAUGAUGCUCUGGGUUCGAGCAAGGAAGUUGUCUCUUCCACCAUAACCUAG